AUGGUAUUGAUAAUGGUAACAGUGGGAACUGAUGCCCGCCUGCUCCAAUCUCCUAUGUACUAUUUUUUGGGCCAUCUGUCCUUCAUUGACCUAUGCCUGACCUGUAUUACCGUGCCUCAGAUGUUAGAUUUUCUACAGCAGGGGAAGAUCAUCUCUUUUUCAGGAUGCUUGGCCCAGAUCUACUUCUUGCACUUUCUAGGAGCCAGUGAGAUGUUUCUGCUGACAGUCAUGGCCUAUGAUAGGUAUGUUGCCAUAUGUCAUCCUUUGCACUACCUGUCAGUCAUGAACCGCCAGCUGUGCUUUCAGUUGGUUUUUGCCUGUUGGUGUGGGGGUUUCAUCCACUCCAUCACACAGGUCACACUGGUGAUCCAGCUGCCCUUCUGUGGUCCCAGUGAACUGGACAACUUCUACUGUGAUGUCCCACAGGUCAUCAAGCUAGCGUGCAUGGACACAUAUGUGGUAGAGGUGCUGAUGGUCUCAAACAGUGGUCUGCUAUCUCUCGUCUGCUUCUUGGUCUUGCUAUUCUCUUAUGCCAUCAUCCUGAUCACCCUGAGAACUCUUCCACCAGGGCCAGAGCAGGCACUCUCUACCUGUGCCUCCCACCUAACAGUGGUCAGCCAUUUUGUGCCCUGUGUAUUCAUCUACCUGAGGCCUUUCCGCAGCUUCUCUGUGGAUAAGAUGUUCUCCAUCUUUUACACAGUGAUCACACCUAUGUUGAACCCUCUCAUCUACACACUCAGAAAUACUGAAAUGAAGACAGCCAUGAAGAAGCUGAGAAAAAAGCAUGUGGCAUCCUUCUGCCAUAUUAAAGGAUGA